AUGGCAGCCUCUGGGAAGACUUUUAUUGUCGAGCAUCUCGACCCAGAACUAGGCCCUUGGUCCGAACUCGAGUAUCUGGCCAUUGCACGCGAGACACAAGCGACUCAUGGUUCUUUCAUCCUCUCCAGUUUACCUUCUGCGUUCCAGGUUCCAGCAGAUCUGGCCAGCAACCCCGCCUUCACUGCUGAGCAGCGUGGUGUUGAGGAGCUCUACGCCGCCAACAAGUCGCGAGUUUGUCUGCUAGAUCCAUCAGCCGCCAAGGAUCUCUCUCCUAAGGAUGGUGAGAACUUUGAUGCCUUCUUAUUUGGAGGCAUUCUUGACCGUACUUCAGAGCUUCGAAAGAAGGGCUUUGAAGGUCGCAGACUCGGCCCCAAGCAGAUGACAACAGACACGGCCGUCCGGGUUACUCGUAUUGUUGUUCAAGACAAGGUGCCACUUGAUCAGGUGCCCUACCUGGACUUCCCUGAGCUCAAAUUCAACGAACACGAGAGCACCGAGAUGCCCUUCCGAUAUGUACAGGGUGAAGACGGCAAGCCUAUCAUGCCCAAGGGCAUGGUCGAGUUGAUUCAAAAAGAUGCUGAUAAGGCUGUGGAUGAUCUCUUCUAA